ACCUUCAAAAGCUGUUUCCCUCCGGUUGGCAAUCAAGAAUGCACCAAUCUGACUGUUGCUGUUGGCAACCAAUGCUACUUCCGGUUGUACCAGAGUGAUUUGGAACACGUUAAAGGUUGCUACAGAUGGACGAAACUACCUUGUGUAUUGUUCUUGUCUGCUGUGCACUUUAACAAGGUAACUAGAAAGUUAAGAUGUCGGUCAUCAGCAGCCUUGUUCCUGCGAGGUUCCUGACCAUCAUCGCCCACCUCGUGAUUGUCAUCACCAUCUUUUGGACGCGAGAAUAUAACGUGAAGGCCUGCUUGCCUUUGGAGUUUACACAAGAGCAAUACAAUAGUGAGGAUUUAAAGUUGGUGGUGGCUCUGUCAAUCACACUUGGGUUAUUCGCCAUCGAGCUUGCUGGCUUCUUCUCAGGAGUGUCCAUGUUCAACGGCAGCCAAGGCCUUCUGUCAUUGACGGUCCACUGCAGCGCCUCCGUUUCCUUGUCUUAUUUUGUUUUUGAGAAGUGGGAGUGCUGGACAUAUUGGAUUAUUUUUGUCCCUUGCAGUGUGCUGCCUGCCCUCAUGGAAAUUCUUCUGCUUAUCGCUGUUUUUGGACUGUCAAAGAAGCCACUAUAAUGUACACGUGGAUAAAAACAAUGUCGCAAAGGCAUUCCUUUGUAUUCGGUCUAUAAUGUUCACUUGUAAGCGACGUGCUAGUGGUUAGUAAGUCCAUACAUCACAGUUGAGAAGUUGUGAGUUAGAAUCUUAUCUCCGGCCUCUCUGUGUCGAGCAAGCACCGGGAGUAUGGUCUUCCUCAUGCGAGUGUUGUGUUUUUUUUCUGGCUGCACUAACUUCCUCCCACAUUCCAAAAACUAAGUUCAUUGGAGACUGAAAUGUUAUUAGGUCUGAGUGUUAGUGUGAACGGUUGCUUAUGUACCUGGGCACUGUGUUUGGCAGCGACAAGUUCCAGCUAGCUUCCAACGCUAAUGAGGAUGAGUGCUGUAGAAAAUGGAAGGAGGGAAGGAUGUUCAAAUGUACAGUGGACUGCCGCGUAUUUGUAGUUUAGCACCCAUUUUUUUGUUUAUUUGUUUGGUUUUUGUCCGAUUGAAAUCUGUUACUGCUGCCUGAAAGUUUUACAUAAGUGUAAAAUAAUAAAUACAGUUUGUAAAAAAACAACAA